AUGAAGGUCUACACAAGAGUGAAGCCGUACGCGUGCGGUCAGUGCGGAAAGAGUUUCACUCACUCUUCAAACCUCAUCGGACACAUGAGGAUCCACACCGGAGAAAAACCAUACGCCUGCCACCAGAUCCACGCCGGAGACAAGCCGCACGCGUGCACUCAGUGCGGAAAAGCGUUCCUCAGGCCCUCGGCGCUGAAGAAACACCUGAGCGUUCACACGCAGGAGAAGCCGCAUUCGUGUCCUUCGUGUGGAAAGAGCUUCUCCCUGCUGCAGAGUUUAAGAUCGCACCAGAAAACAGACAACCCCGUGAGAGACCACGUGUGCUUCGAGUGCGGGAAGACUUUCACUUUGGUGAAUGGUUUGAAGCGGCACCAGAUGAUUCACAGCGGAGAGAAACCUUACAAGUGUUCCCGCUGCGACAAGACCUUCAGCCUGUCAGGACCACUGAAAAAACACCAGCUGACCCACAGCGGAGAGAAAGCCUUCAUGUGCGAUCAGUGUGGAAAGACCUUCUCAUUGAAAAGCUAUCUCGACAAACACCUGGUGGGUCACACCGGGGACAGACCCUACUCGUGUUCCUCGUGCGGGAAGAGUUUUCCAGUGCGGGACAGUUUAACAUCGCAUCUGAAAACACACAGCGCCGUGAGAGCUCACGCCUGCCUCCAGUGCGGAAAGACGUUUACUUUGGCCAACUAUUUAAAGCUGCACCUGCGCGCUCACACCGGAGAGAAACCGUACAGGUGUUCGCACUGCGGCAAAGGAUUCAACCAGUCCCCCAAUCUGAAGACACACGAGAGGAUCCACACCGGAGAGAAACCGCAUGCGUGCGACCGCUGUGGGAAGACCUUCACUUUCAAAAGUCGUCUGAAGCUGCACUUGAAGAUCCACGCAGGAGACCCACCAAAGGAGCGCUGA